AUGGCGACCGCGACAGCCGCAGUGGGCAAGGAGAAUCAGGAUCCGAACAACCUGGUUCCCGCCAAAGGUCAACUCGGUAACGGGCCCUCUGGACAAACUGAACCCACCGACCUGAAGGAUGGCGAACCUCAAGACAAUGCGCCGCCUGAACCUCACAAGGACCCGAAACUGCGUCGGCGCGUCCUCCCGAACCCCAUUACAGACGCUCUGAGUCCUCAACACCUGAAGCAAGGCGUCUUGAUACCGCUCAAGACUACGCAGGAAGUUCGCCAAGACCACACGAUCGUGCAAGCUUUGAUCACACGAGCGCCAACAAAGUCCGCUAACGUCGUACUUGAGUAA